GAACCGGCAGCUCUCAGGCUGAAGCUGGCGACCUCGCCCCUCGACAUGAAAGUCUCUGCAGUGCUCCUGUGUCUGCUGUUCACAGCCGCCCUCUGCAGCAUCCAGGUGUUGGCUCAGCCAGCUUCUAUUCCAACCAUCUGCUGCUUUAAUGUGUCCAGAAAGAAGAUCUCCGUUCAGCGACUGCAGAGCUACAGAAAAGUCACGGGCAGCAAAUGUCCUCAGAAAGCUGUGAUAUUCAACACCAAACAGAACAAGAAAAUCUGUGUUGAUCCCCAGGAGAAGUGGGUCCAGAAUGCCGUGGAGUACCUGAACCAAAAAUUCCAAACUUUAAAGUCAUAA